CUCAAAUUCAAGCACCAUAGCACCAUCCAAGCGUCCUUGCGAAUUGCACGCAUCCACAUCAAUUGACACUARAACCCUUUUCGUACACCAUGUGCUCCGAAACCGAUCGCCUCCUGGGGGGCGAUGGGAGCAAACAGGCGAGCGAGCAGUUUCUCCGGCGACAGGCCCGCAAAAAGAAACGCCGCAACCGGCUGAUCGCUUGGAUCGGAGCGUUGGUKUGCGCCUCUGUCUAUGGAACGAUGGUCUUUUACCAGCACGCCUCCGAUCCAUCGAGGGCCGCCUCGAGCUCCCUCCUCGGCCGGGCCAGACACAACAAGGCYAUGGUCAAGAUCGAUCCCGACACGGGCGUGUACAGCAUCGAUUGGGACGGGGACGGGAUGGGUGACAAUGCCUAUUCGUCCGUCAUCGACACCGAUUCCACCACCUUUGCCGAGCUAGCAAAGAUCAUGCUGUUGCCGUGGUACGAGGCCUCCAUCAUGGCGUUGACGGACGAUCCGGCCUGGGAGAGCGAGGACGGCAUCCAACCCUCGAACGCAGCCCACAUCCGGAAGGUACUGCUGAUUACCCGGGACAUGAUCGAUGUUUUUUCGCCCGUCUUUCCGGACACGCCCGUGGGAAAGCAGGGCAAAACCAAGAAGCACAAAACGAAAACGAAAGCGAAGCAAACCGAACACGAAAAGGACCGUUCCCUGUGGAAGAAGCUCCGGAAGAUGUACCGUCAAGGAUACCAAAAAAUGGGAGAGCUAAAGGACCUGGAGGACCUGACCUACUCGAAUAAGUUGCUGGCCACCCGCGUCGAUGCCGUGACCGAAUGGAAGAAGGAAUUCAUUGCCUUUCAGCGCAAGUACCGGAUCCGACACUUCCUCUACGAGCCUCUGUCCAGCGGCGGCGGCAUCGACCCGAACGGAUGCUACUACCACGACGCKUCCCACCUGUUCUGGGCCGAYACGGAGGGAUCGGAACUUCCCUCCGGAAAUAGCUCCGGGGUGGGCAGUCUGCGAAACCUGGGCACGGUCCAGCUGGAAAACUCUCUGGGGUACCUGCGGCUCAUUCGGAGCUACGAGUCGGUCCUCUCAMGGGACCACGAGAUCCACUUUCACAAUCUGCGCAAGGAACUCCGGAUUUUCCUGGACGAGUACGGCAUUUUCGGAAGCGUGCUGGUCCCGAGCACCAACGCGACUMUGUCCACCGCGGAUGGACACGACGACGACGGAGGAGACGACAGCCCCCUGGGUGAGGCCAUGGGAAUACUCAACCAUGCCCAGAGCAAGCUGGGACACAUWAACGACAAGUGGACAGCACUGGAUAUUUACAAAAGCGACGAUUCCCACAAGAAGCACUGGGGAUCGAUGGCAACRAAAAUCGAUAAGCUGUGGGAAGAAUUUCUGGACUGGGAGCACCGUCACGACCUGGAGGGCGAGAUCGAAUUCGUCCUCGAAGAGAUGAAGCAAUAAAGAAGGCAAUGAAGCACUGCUCGAUCAGAUUUUGAAUGCAAUGCAAGGCGCAACAUGAUCGAGCUUGUACGAAAAAUGGAGAAGACGACGACGGAAACAAUGGAACAGCACAAAACACGACACACCAAUUCUGCCUUCCACGGAACAAGUGACCUGGAGAACGAAUGACAAUCAAUCACCUAGAAGAAC